AAACUACAUAAUUUAAUUUAAUUAAGUGCGGUCUAGCAACAAAGAUGGCGGCUUUCUUUCCACGUUUCUGUAUUGUUAGCGUUUGACUGAGUUGUUAAUAUGUUUAAUAGAGUUAAAAGUGUUUUGUAUAACGUUGUCGGUGGUUUAGAAGCUCUUCCUGUAAUUAAAGAUGCGGAACCUUUGGAUAAGCAACCUCUUAAAUUUCCAUAUACUAGACCUCAUUUCCUUCAGCUGACAACAGAAGAUGAAGUUCAGGUAUCCGCUGAUCAUUCAAUUCGACCAAUUAUCGUACCUAGGGAUAUGACCAAACUCCCAUGGAACAGUGGAUAUGCUGAAGCAAUUAAUGCAGGUAAAAGUGUACGUAAUGAAGAUCAAGCAGCUGUUUAUAGAGGACUCUUAUGUAGAUCCUUUACUGAUGGUCAAGUGAACAUAGGUAAAGAAAGUAAUUCAUAUGAAAUUCCUAUAGUGACUCAAAUAGGAGAUAAUGCAGAGAUUAAAACUGUUCCUGAAAAUCUAAAUUCUGAAGAAAUUGAUUCAGUUGCAGUGCCUUCAACUAGCGAUAGCAUUAAUACUUUAUCAUUGAAUGAAUCCCAUUUUAGGACUCCUCCAUCAACUCCAGAACCUCGUAAAAAGCUAGCUAUUGAACAAAGUCUACCAUGGAUUUAUUUUGGUUUAUUUGAUGGUCAUGCUGGUUCUGGUGUUGCAGUUGCUGCAGCAAAAACUCUCCAUACAAUACUUCAGGUAAUUCAUAGUUUUGUUUCAAUAUGUUAAUUAAAUUAGCAGU